UCGAUGCCUUUUUCCUCCCCCCAAAAAAAAAAAGAAAGUCCAAAACCCAAAAAUAAAAUAAAAUUGAAACGGUAAAAAAGAGCAUUGGGAAAAGGAAACAAAUCAUUCCGUACCUAGUAAUUCAAAUUUUGGCUCCAAUUUAAGCCUUUCUCACUUCUCCUAAACAGCCAGCCAUGUCACUUCUCCAUUUAAAAUAAACAAAAUGUAAGAAAAUUUCCAGUGAACCGUUUUUGAAAUGGCGAUCUCAUCCAAGAAAAGCCCUGCUCUUUCUCCCGCAGAGAAAAGGGCACUGGAAAUCAAGAAAAAGGCACUGGAAAUCAAGAAAAAGUUUUUGCCUCCUAGUAAAACCAACAAGGUGGUAAAUGGAAAUAAAAAGAAGGUUCAAAUAUGCAUUGAAAAGAAGCCACAGAAACAGAGCUCUGUUGAUGCAAAUUCAUCCGCCAUGUUGCGAGCUGUACAAGUCCAAACAAAUUUACCUUGUCAAUUUCCUAGUUUUGUCAAGUAUAUGCUUCCUUCACAUGUCAGUGGGGGAUUUUGGUUGGGUUUCCCGAAGAAAUUUUGCUCUUGCCAUUUGCCAAAACAUGACGACAUUGUUGUUUUAAUCGAUGAAAAUGACAAAGAAUCUCCAACCAAGUACCUUGUUGAUAAGAAUGGAUUAAGUGGGGGUUGGAGAGGUUUCUCCAUUGCUCACAACCUUGUUGAAGGGGAUGUUUUGGUCUUCCAAUUGAUCCAACCCUCCAAAUUUAAGGUAUACAUAAUAAGAGAAAAUAGCUUGACAGAAAUUGAUGGUGCUAUUAGUCUUCUAAAUCUGGAUUUUCGUGCUAGACCAAUCAAAUCUGAUCAUGAUGAAGAGAUGAAAAUCUGUGAAGCAAAAGAGGAGAAAUACUUGGAGCCUCCUAUCCUAGAUAUUAAUCAAGAUGGCAAAAAAGAGGAAGCCAUGUUGUUACCAAACUCGGACCAUGGCCCUGUAACAGAUCAAUGUGGAAAUGAUAGCGAUAAUGGCUCUGAAGUUUUAGAAGGCAUUAGAUUUUCAGAAUCAAGAGUUGAAUUCAAAGAUGUGAAAGACUAUUCUGGUUUCAGCAUUCUUGUCGAUGGCCUGAUCAUCGACUCAGAGGUUCCUGCAUUGCACAUUCGGACCAAAUACUAUGGUCUUUGUCGCAGCCAAAAUUCAUUUCUCCAUGAUCAUUUACUUGGUGGCCUAAAUGUCAAGUUAGCUGCUGGAAUGAUUACUGAAACUGUGAACAUUGCUGAUGCCAUUAGAGCUUGUAAGAUAUCGACCCCUCGUGAUUAUCUUGAGACUUGGGACAAUACAUUGAAAGGGUUUGAGUGUUUAGGCAUGAAUGUUGGAUUUUUACGCGCAAGGCUAAGUAAGCUUGUUAGUUUGUCAUGUGAAUCAAAAGAUAUUCUUGCAUCAAAGAAAGUUGAGCUAGCUGAAGCAAAAGAGGAAAUGAGGAUUCUUGAAGUAAAGGUUUUGAAAGUGAAAGAGAUGAUAAAGAAUGUAGAUUCUGAAAUUGAGGCUUUAACAAAGAAAGAUGCAAACUUUGAGCUCAAUUUUAAGGCAUUGGCAACUGCUCCAUGGUGAAGAAAAAAUGGCCCUAAUUAAUAUUAGUGUAUAAUUGGUUUAACUUUUUGUAAAUGACUGACAAGCUUACUAUCUAGUAUGAAAUUAAAUAUUUAUUAGUUCGAA